AUGAUGCGCUCAGCUGGCCGCCAGCCAUAUGUCUGCUGGCAAUGUCUCUCCCGCAAAGAGUCCGGGCAGCACAUUGCUCUGAAUGCCCGGAAGGCCCGAGUUGCAUCGCUGUCGUCACUAGCAUCGUGGCCAGCAUCGACAACACCACGGCCGACCCGACAAUGGGACAACAACGAAAGGCGACAAGGUCUGUCCACUUCCACGUCGCUACUCGACAGGAAGAUACGAACAGAGAUAUCAGAUGAGGCUCUGGAGGACUUCGCUUUGCCGUUGGAACCGAACUUGCACUAUCUCCAAGACAGUCAACCAAAGAAAACUAAAAAAUCUGCAAAGCUAUCCAUUCGACAACGGCUGAAGCAAUGGGAAGCUGAGAAUCCAGAACCCUUUAACUCUAUCCCGUCGGAUUUCGCACUCCCAGACCGGCCCAUCAACGCAUUCACAUCAAAGCGGUCCGAGCACAUGCUCGAGAUGGAGAAUAUCGACAAUGACAAUGCCACUGCUCAGGUCGAUGAUCAAGAUCUGAUCGAUACUCAGGUCACCCCUCGAGUCCAAGCCGGUGAUCUGUUGGAACUCAUGUCCGAGGACUGGAAUAUUGGUGUUCUCGCCGUCUGCUUGGGAAGCUUCAAUGGCAUUGACCAUUUCUACGCAGUCACCGGCAAGUGGUUUGCCAGCACCAACGUCAAAUCCGGUUUCAUCGUCAAGAAGUUCAUCACCAACCCUGCCGAUCUGCAGCCAGUCAUUGAUGCAUUGCCUUCGACCGUGGGUGAUAUGUCCAUCUUGGUCGAGCUCCAAAAACUCCGUGCAGGCCCGACCCGUGAGCACGGUGCCGGCUUGAUCACCAAGAUGCUCGACUUCCAAAACGCCUCCCGACAGAUCUUCCAAAACAACAUUGAACGGUUGAGCAACCCUUAUCGGCAUCUUCCCGAGGAAGAGAAGUUGAUGACUCUGGGUGAGAUUGCCGAGUUCCUUCUCCCUCCCAAGCUCAAGCAGUCAUCCACCGGUUUCCCCCCAGCCGCUUUGUACGCAGUCUACAACAUCCUCACAUUCGAAGAUGCUUUCUUCCGCUCACUCGGCCAAGGGACCGCCGGCCCAAGCUCCAUCAUCUUUCACGUUGCCGCUACGUCCGAUGUCGAUAACGUUACUCGAGUUGAGAGAAUGGUGCGCGACCACUACAGCCCCGAACUCCUGGAUCGCAAGUCACGCAGGGAACAUGAUAGGCUGGAACCCGUCUUGAAGCAGGCUCGGUUGGCCAUCGACCACAGCCGGAAAAUGCGCGAGUGGUCGAGCCACGGAAUGCUCGGUCCCACCACCAGAGUCCUACCGGCCUCAACUUACUCCUGGUCUCAGGAUGCCUUGACUGUCAUCGGCGUUAUUCACAUGUGGGCAGCCUCGGAUGUUUUCCCACGGAGCUCAAAGUACCAAUGGAUUGGUGCCGCCGUCUUGCGUGCCCUCAAUAGAUACCAAGAUACCGACGUGCUUGACGCUACAGUGGGUUGGACCUUCCUGCAGGAAAUCGGCUGGCUCAUGCCCUGGGAAAUCCACGCCCGUCAUAGCCUCCGUCUCCCAGGCCUUCAGGUCAACCGGGCGGGCGGUUUACUACCGAGCCCGGAGGAGCAACAGCCAGCUGAGCUUGCCCAAGACGUACUUGCUCCCCUCCGCCAGGAUUUCUCCGCCUCAACUGUGUACUGCAUCGACGCGCCAAAUGCGAAAGAGAUCGACGAUGGUGUCUCGCUUGAGAAAACAGACAAGGAGGGAGAGUACUGGAUCCAUGUACACAUUGCCGACCCGACGUCGAGAAUCAGACCGGACAGUCCGCUAGCUAAGCGAGCAGCUCUCAUGACCCAAACCAGUUACCUCCCAGGGCAUGUGGACAAGAUGAUUUCAGAUGAAGCAGUUGUCGCCGAGUUCUCCUUGGCUCCCGGUCGGCCUUCUCUUACUUUCAGUGCGAGGCUCAACGAAGAAGGAACCCUUCUUGACCAUAAGAUCACCCCAGGAAGGAUAGGAGAUGUCGUCUACAUCACCCCACAGGAUGUGGCGACUGCGGUUGGGCCCGUGGAUGCAGGCAUUCCCAAGGUUUCGACUCCCGAUGUCGUCUUGGAAGUUGGCACCCCUCCGUCUGCCGAGGACGAGGCGCCGACAAGGAAGAUGACCAAGCCGGAUGAGUUGUCAGAACAGAAUGCCAAGGACCUCGAGAUCCUCUCGAAGCUCGCCGCCGCCAUCCACAAGGUCCGCAUCCAAAAGGGAAGCGUGCCGAUCUUCCUCCCUUCGCCCAGCGCUGAUUUCUCGCUGGAGAAUGCUCGGAUCGAGCACACGCCAAGCGGCUUCCUCGCGUGCACCAACGACCCCUACAUUUCCGUCAAGUACUCCGUCAGCGGCGGCCUCCACCCCAUCGUGGACGACCUCAUGGGCACAGCCAACCAGAUCGCCGCCCUGUGGUGCUACGAGCGCGGCAUCCCGAUCCCCUACCGGACCAACCUUCUCGCCGCCCAGAACGAGGAAGCCCUCCGCGCCUACACCCAGGACGUCAUCUACCCGCAGCUGGUAGCCGGCAAGCAGCCCUCGCUCGAGGAGAGGCGCACGCUGCGCAACCUGCUGGGCGGCCACGACAUCGCCGCCACGCCCACCUUCAUCUACACCAUGGGCGUGGACAUCUACACCAAAGCCACCUCCCCGCUCCGCCGCUACUCGGACUUGCUCGUCCACUGGCAAAUCCAGGCCGCCCUGCUUGAGGAGCACAAGCGCCAAAGAAGCAGCGAACAGGGCCAGUCCCAAAAGUCGCUCGUCAUCCGCAAAUUCGACAAGUACAACCUCAAGCCGCCCAUGGACGACAAGCAGGCCGCCCGCCUAGGCCUCCCCUUCACCGCCUCCCACCUCGAAAAUAAGGUAUUCCCGCAGCUGCGGGUGCGCGAGCGCUACGCCAAGAACCUGGCCAACAAUGAGGGCCGCAACGAGCUGAUCCUGCAGGCGCUGGUGCGCGCGUGGCGGUUCGGUGAGGGCAAGAAGGGUCAGGUCCCCGAGAAGUUCACAUACACGGUCGUCAACGCGCAGAACGCGUGCGUGCGCGGCCGGAUCAACUAUUUUGAUCUGUGGGCCGAGAUUGAUCUGGAGAACCUGGCUGGGUUCAGCUUGAUCAGUAAUAUGAGGGUGGGAGAUGUGUUGACGGUCGAGUUGGCGGAUGUGAAUGUGCAUAUGAGGAAGAUUGUGGUGAAGCCGGUGGAGUUUAUCAAGCGCGGACCGGAGAGGAGGAGGUUGUUUGCUGAGCAUGAGCAGCAAGAAGAAGAAGGUGAGGAGCAGGCAGAAGGGGAGUAUAUUGAUGUUGGGCACGAGGUGUUGCAGCCGGAGGAGAGGUGA